CUUUCACCCCUAAUUUAAAAACAAUCUCUCCGUCGUCCUCUAGGGCGAAGAAAGAACCGUUGCUGGGGGAAGAGACUCUUCUCCUGCGACGAAGCCAUGGAGUUGGAUCUCUGGAUUUCGAAGGUGAAGGAAGGCCAGCAUCUUAAGGAGGACGAACUCCAGCUCCUCUGCGAAUACGUGAAGGAAAUUCUUAUGGAGGAGUCAAAUGUCCAGCCUGUGAAUAGCCCCGUGACGGUAUGUGGAGAUAUCCAUGGUCAGUUUCAUGAUUUAAUGAAACUCUUCCAGACUGGCGGUCAUGUUCCUGAGACAAAUUACAUUUUUAUGGGUGAUUUCGUUGACCGUGGCUAUAACAGUCUGGAAGUUUUCACUAUUCUUUUGCUUCUUAAAGCCAGAUAUCCUGCAAAUAUAACUCUUUUGCGUGGAAAUCAUGAAAGCAGGCAGCUAACACAGGUAUAUGGUUUUUAUGACGAGUGUCAGAGAAAGUAUGGAAAUGCAAAUGCAUGGCGGUAUUGCACUGAUGUCUUUGAUUACCUAACAUUGUCAGCAAUCAUAGAUGGAACAGUUCUCUGUGUCCAUGGUGGUCUUUCUCCUGAUAUACGGACAGUUGAUCAGAUAAGGGUUAUAGAUCGCAAUUGUGAAAUUCCCCAUGAGGGCCCCUUUUGUGACCUAAUGUGGAGUGACCCAGAAGAUAUUGAAACAUGGGCUGUCAGUCCUCGUGGUGCAGGUUGGCUUUUUGGAUCCAGGGUGACGGCAGAGUUCAACCACAUAAACAAUCUUGAUCUUGUUUGCCGAGCACACCAACUUGUCCAGGAAGGUCUGAAGUACAUGUUUCAAGACAAAGGCCUUGUAACUGUGUGGUCGGCACCUAAUUAUUGUUACAGAUGUGGGAAUGUAGCUUCCAUACUCAGCUUCAAUGAUAAUAUGGAGAGAGAGGUGAAGUUCUUCACAGAAACGGAGGAGAAUAAUCAAAUGAG